UGUGCGGCUCCGGGAGCGCAUAGCGCGGCGAUCGGUGGUGCGCUGUGUCCCUCGGACAAUGGAACAGAAAGAGCCUAAGUUGUCGGCUCAGUCAUGUGAUCAGCUGUGUCCAAUCACAGCUGAUCGCAUGUAAAUAGGGAAAUCCCGGUUAUCGGCAUUUCUCUCCUCACGAGCUGUCACGUUGGCAUUCCUCGGAGGGGACAUGUACACUGAUCAUCAGGCAGUGCCACCUGUCAGUGUCCAUCAAUGCCAGCUGUCAGUGCUCAUCAAUACCACCUGCCAGUGCCCAUCAGUGCUACAUCAAAGACACGUAUUAGUGCCUACCAGUGCACAUCAAUGCCACAUGUCAAUGCCCAUAUGAGCUGCCUUUCAGUGUCACCUAUCAGUGCCAGUCAGUGCCACCUAUCAAUGCCAGUCAGUGCCACCUAUCAGUGCUGCCAAUCAGUG